UCCUAUCAUCUGCCCAGUAGGAACUAUUUAUUCGAUAGACGGUAAAAUUUCAUUUCUGUCUCAACUGAAAAAAAGAAAAGAGUUAAAAGUGGAAAAAAUAACAGUAUAAUUGGCUCCCUUCCAAACAAUCGAUCGAAAAAUUGAGUAAAAAAUGUGCGGGAUCUUUUCGGUGUUCCUCAAACAUCCUGAUAUCGACAACAGUUCGAUUCUUCGCCGAAGUGGCAAUCGCACCGAAUCGCUUAGGGAGCUGGCUUUCCGGCAAUCGGGCAAACAGCGGCAUCGUGGACCGGACCAUACCGGUCUGGUGGAGGACAAAUCGGCCGGAUUCGUUAUGGUCCAGGAGCGGUUAUGUGUGCUAGGUGUAAAAACAGGGAGUCAGCCUUUUGUGUCUCGAGACGGAACGGUGCUGCUGGUCGCCAACGGUGAAAUUUACAACUAUCGUCAGAUGGCUAAGGAAGUGAACAACGCGCUGGACGUUGAAGAUGAGCUUUAUAUCCCGAGAAGUGAUUGUGAUGUUAUUUUGGCGUUUUAUGAACAUUUUGGAGUUGCUGAACUGAUCAAGACGAUUCGGGGAAUGUUUGCGUUUGUUCUGUAUGACAAAAAGAAUGAUCGACUUCUGAUGGCUCGUGACCCUAUCGGGAUUAUUCCGAUGUACUAUGGGACCGACCAUGCCGGAAAUGUUUGGAUUGCCAGUGAGAUGAAGUGUUUAGUGGAGAAGUGUCCUGAGAUCAAAAUAUUCCCACCGGGACACAUGUAUUAUGGUUCGAGACGUAACGUGGAACCUAAACAGUAUUACGAGCCACACUGGAUGGUCGACAUUCCACAUAUGCCGGUCGAACUGGAUAAGCUGAGAGCACGGUUGGAGGAUGCAGUUCUUUCACACCUACAGUGCGAUGUUCCGAUGGGUGCUUUGCUCAGUGGUGGUUUGGAUUCCAGCCUCAUUGCUUCAAUUGCCACGAAGAUAAUGAGGAAGCGUCAUGGGCAGGAUUAUCGAUUGAAGACUUACAGUGUCGGUUUAGUAGGGGGGCCAGAUUUUGAAUAUAGCAGAAUGGUGGCUGAGUUUAUUGAUAGUGACCACACUGAUGUCUAUUUCACCGUAGACGAAGGACUCAACUAUAUACGAGAUCUAAUUUUCCACACCGAAACCUACGACAUCACAACGGUUCGCUGUUCGAUUCCCAUGUUCCUGUUAACAAGACUCAUCAAGAGUGAAGGUAUAAAGAUGGUACUUUCCGGUGAGGGCGCGGACGAGCUUUUCGGUGGUUAUCUAUAUUUUCAUCAAGCACCAAAUCCUUCAGAAUUCCAUCUCGAGACAGUGAUGCGUAUUAAAAACCUUCAUUACUCAGACUGUCUCCGGGCUAACAAAUCCACCGCUGCGUGGGGACUGGAGCUUCGAGUACCGUUUUUGGAUACCGACUUUGUAAAUUAUGUGAUGAGCAUCCGGCCUGAAGAUCGCAUGCCGCGAACGAAAAGAAACGGCAGAGUACACUCAAUGGAAAAGUACAUUCUACGUGAAGCGUUCGCCGAAAAUUAUCUCCCCGAUGCUGUACUUUGGCGACAAAAGGAACAGUUUUCGGACGGUGUCGGGUAUAAUUGGAUUGAUACGAUAACAGAGUACGCGGCAUCACAUGUUAGCGAUGCUGAUUUUGCUGAAGCAGCGGAAAAAUUCCCGAUUAACACUCCACCAACCAAAGAGGCAUACUACUAUCGGCAGGUGUUUGAAGAAAUGUUUCCACAUCAGAGCUGCGCGGCGACCGUGAAACAGUGGGUGCCUCGAAUCGACUGGGGAUGCUCGGCGGAUCCAUCUGGUCGAAAACAGGAUGUGCAUAUCAAGAAGAACUAGUUUAAGCCGGUUUGAUUGUUCGCUAGUACAUUCAACUGUUAUUGUUGAGAUAACGACAAUGUAGAUUAGAUGAUUAUCUGCGGAAUGAUGUGUCUAGGGUAAGACACGUUUGACCAGCUAAUCGAAAUUCGUACACUGGCUUGUAUCAGUGCCGUGUAGGCAAUUUUAGUUUUAAUGGAAAGCUUGCAGAUGUGCGCAAAUGUUUCUAUGUUUUUUUUUGUUAUGAUUUAUUUGAUGCAAUAAAUAAAAUCUGUCGAUAAUGUAGAUAAUAUGCUUGAA